AUGGAGACUCCCUAUCAGAACCACAUUGACAAGGCUGACUUCGAUCAUGUGUACGAGCCUGCCGAAGACAGCUUCCUACUCAUAGAUGCCUUAGAGAAGGACCUAGAAUAUUUAAAGAAGAAAAACCCCACAUUUUGUUUAGAAGUUGGGUCUGGGAGUGGCGUAGUAAUAACAGCUUUUGGUAUGGCCUUCCCACAAACAUUUUGUUUGAGCACUGAUAUUAAUUUUAAGGCUUGUGUGAUGUCCAAGCAAACUGCGGCUUACAACAAAGUUAAUUUAGAUACAUGUAACAUGGACUUGAUGAGUUCCUUUACUGAUAAUGUGUUUGAUGUUAUCAUUUUUAAUCCACCGUAUGUGGUUACUGAGAGUGAGGAGUGUGGAGGAUGUGACAUUACGGCUAGUUGGGCAGGUGGUACAAAAGGGCGAGAGAUUACCGACAGACUACUCAACAUGAUACCAAAGAAACUAGCCAAUGAUGGAGUCUUCUACCUUCUGCUUAUUGAAGAAAACAUUCCCGAUGAAGUUGUUCAAAUAAUGUUUGAUUAUGGAUAUAAAUCUGAUGUUGUAUUGAAGAGGAAGGUUCGAAAUGAACAACAAUUAGUUUUUAAGUUUUUUCGAUAAUGUUGUAAUAUGCAAUAUUUGUAGCCAGGUUCUUUGAAUAUAAGUUUCUUGCCCGGUUCACAUGACAUUGUCUCUUUAAAGCCAGUCAGACUCCAGCUGUCACACAAGAGCUGUAGUAACUAUGGUCAUGCAACAACAAGCAGCACAUUACUACAGUUUUAAUAUUGAAAUAUUGUGAACUGGGCAUCUGUCUAGUUAUAAAUUAUAGCUAGCUUAUAGAACUACAAACUACAAUUUAAAAUAUUGCAGUCAUUUUGUUGUAUAUUAAAUAAGUAUAAAAAUAAUAUAUUAUAAAAUAUAUGUAACAAUAUACAUGUUUUUUAGCAAAA